CUAGCAGAGCAACAAAUUGCCCUGGACUUGUCGACGUGGUCCGGCGCCUGUGCGGCUCAGCCGCUGGUAUAGAGUGUUGAUAUUGCUCCUCCUCCUCUACGAGGAGAACGUGGGGCAAUCUGCGGCCCCUAUUGGGUAUUUCCAUAUCCCUGUCCCGACGCCCGCUGGCCGCCGUCGUACUGUUGUUCGUUCCUUUUAGACUUGGUCGCGGAGAUACGCAGCGAAGGCCGCCUGUCUCGGACAGGAACUAUGACACGCAGAUUUAUACCCCCGGAGGUGAUCGUUGCUCCCCAGGUGCCCCCACCGUCUAUACUUCCCUUAUGUGAGACUGCGAGCCAGCUUGAACGUGGGCUGCUCGCGUGGGCAACUCCUGUCUCCCGGGACCCAAGAUGGAGCCCGGCACGAUACUAUCGAUCAUCCAACUCUCUGGCUCUCUCGUCGACCUGGUCUCGAAAAUCUCCCUGGAGUUCUUCGGAAAGGAGAAGAUCCCUAACAAGCUCCAGGACCUUAAUGAACGUGCCCAGCGGAUCCACGAUUACGUCGACACGAUCGACCGGGAGUCUAGAGUAUCGCAUACGUCGUCCAGGCUGACCCUCAAGGGGACCGACGCUACGAUCAAGACCCUUAGGGAGUGUAACGAGUUUCUGAAGCAAUAUGAACGGGCACUGCUGAAUAGCCGUACGCUCGGGGGAGCCAGGCAACGAGUCCUGCUCGUCGCUGGCCCGGACAGUUCUCGACUUGAAGAGUUCCAUAAGAGAAUUGAUCGGCACUGGGGGGAGCUCAAUAGUUGGAAGUUGAAUUCGGUUGACGAGAGAUUGUCGGAGCUUACAGCAGCUAUAAAUGCGGCAACGAGUAACAGCGGGACGCCACGAGCACAUAGUAUGAUUUUCGACUCGCCGCAACUCGAGCCGACUGGGAGGUUUGAUGAAUUUCCGCCGCCGACAAACGUGGCCAUAGGCCCGUCUUGCUCCAACCAAUCCCCCUUCAGGGCAACCGCUCCUCUCACCUCCAUAUCCGAAGGUCCUGAACUCCCCGCUUCGGCGACCAUUACGUACCGGUUAUCGGAUUCGGUUGUGUGGCAACGCCCUACUCGUCAGGGGACUGCCCCUGCUAUGGAACUAGUCUCGGAUAACACGGACGGGGAUGCGGUCGAUAUAACUUCAGCCCGUUUCAGUGAUCCGAGCCCAUGGUUGCAGACUCAGCCAUCGCCGCCGCAAUUUUCGCCUAACCAGAGUCCAGGCCACUCGGUAACACUAUACAUCGGUUCCCAGUCAUAUAAGUUCCACGGCGGAUGUUAUGAAGUUUCGGAGCGCGAAACUGUAAGGGUCGUCGAGUGGGUCAAUACCGACAUUGGUAUUCGGAUUAGUCACUUCGUUCCACGUGAUAAGCCCGGUAUACCACUCACGAAGCCCGACGAUACGAACCUCCGGGUGUCUUUCCUGCCAAAAGAUAUCAAGCACAAGUUCGAGAUCUCGGUUUCCGGGAAACUGAAUAAGACCGAAGACAAGCCGGUUUACCAGUUCGAGAGUAAAGUAGAUCGAGAGAACUUUCAGAAAAGGAUUCGGGGCCGGCACUCUUUGGUGAUGACUAGGGCCCUAAGGGUGCACAGCAGCUUCGAAAAGGACAUCGCGAUAAAACUGCACCUCAAGGUCUGGCGGCGGAGCGAACAGGACGAAGAGCCAACCUUCUCGUUUCCGGUGAAUCACAAGGGCCAGACGUACCGCCACGUCGAGUUCCCGAUUCGAUGGUUCAAGAGAACACCAGAGCUCAAAGGGGACACCAGGCUGAUCCUGCGGAUGUAUACGAAAGAUACCGACCCGGAAUACCGUGCGCCGCCGGAGGAGCCGAAACGGCGAGUUUCUACGCUUGAACUGGUGCGGAGAAUAUCGGGAGGCUCGAAUUCAUCGAAUCAGCCGCGCUCACGGUCCUCGUCUCUCAGCGGGUCGCCCCUUGUUCUGUACGACGGCAAGGGCAUCGAGCCGCCGAAGUCGAGUUAUAUCCGAGACUUAGGAUACCUCGAGAUCGAGUUCCUGACCCCAGAGCUCAGGAAGUCGUUCAUAGUCGCAUGCCAGAAGGCACAUCCCCCAGUCUCGGUCAUAUCGGGAUCUAGCCGGAACAGCACGCCGAGCCCGGCGCCACCAUGGCCCGCAAGUUCGACGACACAGGCAGCGCCGAACCCGCUCAUGCACGAGCUUAUGGGUGACUACGUGUUCCCAACCGGAUCAUCGUCGAGCUCGGUCCGGUCCUACUCCUCCGAGAUGUAUUACGACCACCUGUCACCGUUCGACCUCCCGCAACCGGCCGUCUACGGCGAGCAAGAGCCGGUGGAGGUCUUGGGUGAGCCCUAUCCGGAGAGACGGUUCUACGAUCCGGGAUAGCGAAACGAGACGAGACUAUACGAGUACAUACACCUCGCAGACAUGCACGCGGACGUCGGCUUCGCGCGGUUCCUCCACGUCCUGAUAAGGGGAUAAUUUAUUAAUAAGACGGAUGGAGGUUGAAUAGAUUGGUUCAUCGCCCUGUUCUAAUCACUUUCAUUUAGGUACCUAUGUGUGUCAUGGAGUAAACGAACGUAUAGGCACAGACGAUGGGGCGGAGGGACAGAUUGUACCAGUAGCGUGUAGGACUACGAGUGGCGGCGCAUUUUGCCAGAGGCGUUACCCAGCAUGGCUGAUAGACUUGGGUAGGCAUAUUAUCACGUAUGUGUAGGUAUGGUCUAGAGAGCCGACUAGAUACCUACCAGAUAGGCAAAUAUAGAAUAGAGAGGAAUACCUAGUGUUGUGAUG